AAUCAACAUCGGCUACGCAGUAUUAUUUUACUGUUUUAAUUAAAUUUAGAUGAGAACAUAAAAGAGCAAUAGUUGUUGGUCUAUCAAACGCUUAAUAAAUCAUUUAAUCUAUUAAUUAAAAAAGAGUAAAAUCGUUUCAUACACUCUAUAAUAUUAAGUAAAUAAGAUCCUUGGAUAGUGAUGUGAAAAAACGUGAAGAAUUUCUAAACACCACCGCGGAGGCGGGGGGCUAACACAAGAUGAGAUCAAAUCGAUGAUGUCGAUGCAUGGAAGUAGACAGCGAAGAAGACGAAAUAAAGCAAAAAAAGGAAUGUGAACAAACCACAACCAACAAAUAAUAAAAUAGUACGUGCAAAGUUUUCUUUUUUUUUUUUGUUUUUUAACACUUCACUUCCACUCUAUUAUUUUUGUUCUUGGUGUUGUUGUGUUGUAUUUGCAGUGGUGCCAUGGGAGGAGUAUAAGUUAAGUGAAUAAAAAUUUUAUUAACGCACAGUGUGUGAAUAAUCGCAGUCAUAAUAAGUUUUUGCAUUAUUAAAAAAGUCAAGUUAAGAAAUACGAUGGAGAAGAAAAGGAUGAAGAAUAGAAAAUAAACAAAACAUAAAUAAGAAACGAGAGAAAGAUUAAAAUUGUUAAGACGAAGUAAAAAAACGAGAAAAUUAAUUUCCUGCAGCACCUGUAAAAAGUGUGUAGAAAAACAUAAUUUAUUUUGUAGCUUUCAAAUGCAAUUCAUGUAGUUCAUUCGGUGGAAAAGAAAGUGGAAAAUUAUUAAAGAAAAAAUAUGUUUUGCGCCGUUACUUAAGAGUGCAUAAAAAAAGUGAAUGAAUGCUGUCUUCAAUUGGUUGCUUUUACCGACAACUUCCUAAGUGAAAACGGAUGUUGAACUCUUCGCAAGGCCCCAGGGAAUUUUACAUAAAAAGCCGAUAUAGUUCAACAUUCAACCAAACGCCACCCUCGAUAACCUAACUCGAGACAAAAAAGAAGUUAAAAUUAAUGUUUGGAUUGAUUUAAUAUUACGCCAGUACUGCUAAUCUACAACAUUACUAUAACAAUGCCAUUGCCCAAACGUUCAAUAGAGCCGGUGCAUGUGGCCCGAUCUGUCUAUCAACAGGAUGAGUUGCAAUCUGUGGAAUUGGAAACUGUUACGAAUACUACUCUGACGAAUAUAAUACGACAAUUAUCCUCAUUAUCGAAGCAUGCCGAGGAUGUGUUUGGUGAAUUGGCUCGAGAAGUGGGUAAUAUUGGCGACCGGGCGAAUUCCUUACAGGCUCGUAUCGAUCGUUUGGCUAUUAAGGUUACGCAAUUGGAUAGUACGGUCGAGGAGGUGCCUCUUACUGAUAUUACGCGAAAGAAAGCUUUCAAAUCUGCCAAAAAUUUCGAUCAACAAAUUUUCUCAAGAGCUACCAUGCCGGCUCCCAUGCUGGAAACUUAUGCUCAAUGUGACAAGCCACCACCGCUUGAUAAAUUGAACGUAUACCGAGACGAUGGCAAAGAUGGCCUUAAGUUCUAUACGGAUCCCAAUUAUUUCUUUGAAUUGUGGCGCCAAGAAAUGCUGAAGGACACGGAACGUGUCAUGCACGAUAAAGGCAAGAAAAUGCAUAGGCCACGGCAAGACGGUAGCAGUGGCGGUGCCAGCGGUCGCGGUCAUAAGAAACGGGUACGCACACCCCAUAACACCCGCGAGAAACAGCGACAAAUCGCCAUCGGUCAUGGCGAAACUCUAAUGCCAAACAAUGUCAUUUAUCGUACGCCAAAUGCAGUUAUAAACGAAGAGGUUAGCGGCGGCUAUGGCACCCAACUAGUUGAAAUACACACAACAACUAUGACUAUCACCGGUGAUAGUGAGAGUGCGAUAAUACAGCAACAACAUCAACUAACAGGUCGUGGUGAAGAUGAUGAUGAUGAUAAUGAUGAUGGUGAUGAUGAUGGUACAUUAAGCUAUAAUAGGCGUUAUGUGUUCAAAACAAACAACUUUGAUGAAUUAACAUGCAGUAACGCUAAGCCCUAUAACAUGCUUUCACAUUUGGAAAAUAACAGUAAUCUGACGAAACAAACCGCUGUUGCCAUUGCAGGUAUGGGUAUAUACGAUUCGCGACCACCGCGGCCCAAUUCUAUUGAAUUGCGACGCAAUUAUCAAUCGGAACAAAUUGAUGGUGUUUACGGUCCGUUGUCGCCACAGGGAGCGAUUAGUGCAAUGCAAAAUGCAUCUGGUGGUGCUGGAAGUCAAUACGCAGCCGCCUAUGCUGCUGCUAAUGGUAUGCAUCCUGCUCAACAUAUGCCGCAUCAGUCACAAGGUUUAUACGGUCAGGCGGGACAAAAUCCUCUAUCACCGGAACCGAUUUAUGCACCAGGCACGUCAUCGCGUAAUAAACCGCGACCCUCGCAACCUCCUCCAGCACCUCCAUCGAAUGGCAGUGGCGGUGGUACACCUACGGCUUCAAAUGCUAAUACACCCACUCGUGGGCGCAGUAUGUCAACGAGUCGUGAUGCUUUGCCACCUCCACCGCCUAUACCGGACGGUAUGGUGAAUACCACAUCACCCUCACAAAUGUUGGCGGCCAUGAAUGGUAGCGGUAGUGGUCAUAUAGCCGCUAAAUUGCUGGGUCGUACCAGUAGUACUUCGAGGGCAGGCUCUCCCCAAUUGGCCCCCAGCAGUAGUGUACAAGAUGCUAAUGCUUUAGUUAUGCAGCAAUUAAAUAACACGAUUAACAGUUUUAAUAAUAUGAAUUUGACCGGCGGUAUUGUACAACAAAUGAAUUCAUUAAGUGAUUUGCCACCGCCACCACCGGCUCCAGAUCAGCAUUCACCAAAGUUAUCACCACCAAACUCAGCGCCACCUCCUCCACCACCUCCGCCACCUUUAGAUGAGAAUGGCAGCGGCAAUGGCAAUUCCCCUAUCACGCAGCAACCGCCUCCUCAUCAAAUUAUGCCAAAGUCCCUACCAAACGGUGAUAUACAAAGCAAUGGAAUGAUGUCUGGUAUGGGACAACAUUUAGUGGGGCCUAAGAAAUUAUUGCCACCUUUCCAUGAUACACGUACAGACCUGAUGAAGGCCAUAAGAGAUGGAAUUACGUUACGCAAAGUAGAGAAAUCCGAACAAAAAGAAAUUGAACGCAACACUGGUUUGCAUGAUGUUGCUUCCAUAUUGGCAAGACGUGUAGCAAUUGAACUUUCCGAAUCGGAGGAAUCGGAAAGUGAUGACGAUAGCGAGGGUUGGAUGGAACCAAAUGAAACUUCCGCUUGAUCUCUCAUGUCUUUCAUACCUGAAAAAAUCAAAAAGAAAAAAUAAAUUAAUUUAAAAGAAAGACAAAACAAAAGAAAAAAAAGGGCAAGAAACGAAUUUUCAAAUUCUAAAUACUUUUAAUGAAAAGUAAGCUGUUCACUAGACCCGAUAAAUCGACCAAGCUCUAUGAAUGUUUGCAUGUUUGGCUUUCAUUAUUAAAAUGGCAUUAAAAUGGAUAAAAAGUAAACACAAAAAUAUUUAUACAAAUUUAUAUAUAUAUAUACAUAGUCAAGUGUUAAAACAACAAAAUAGAUAAAUUCAAUAAGUCGCUCAAUGAUUAACAAAAAUUUAAUGAAGACAAAACAAAAACAAAAAAAAAAAAACAAUAAUACAGAUAAUUUAUUUUUAAAUUGUACAUAUUACAAGAAAAGGGGGAGUAUAUAUCUAUAUAUGCAUAUAUCUAUAUAGAAUCACUUUAUAAGUUAAAUGUAAAGUUUAAGAAAAAAAAAAAAAAAAAAAAAAAAAAAAAAAAAAAACGGUUACAUUAGCUUGUAUGCACAUGUAACAUUCGUAUUGUCACUAUGUAUUCACAACGGUACUCCUUCAACCCUAUCGUUGCAUAAAUAUAAUGAUGAGACAGCUUUUUUCCACCACCAUAACAUUAAUAUUCUCAUAUAUAGAUAUACAAUAAAAAAAAAACAAAACGAAUUCAAUCGCACAUGAAUUAUUCGUUUAUAUUGUUGUGUAGUAAUUAAAUUAAAUUGGAAAAAAAGCAAAAAAAAAAAAAAAAAAAACAAAGAAAUCAAACUCUUAACUAGUUUAUAAAUUUUUUUCAUACAAUGUAUAAGAAUUUGAUCGCUGACCUUUUUGAAACAGUUUUAAAUUAAAGCACGUUUAGGCAAUUAAGAUAUAUUGUGUUAAGGUGGCUGCUAUAAUACCUUUCAUCGAAAUGACUUGAUUUAUUCGCAUUGAAAAUGCAUAGACAUGUUUUCAAUACAAAAUACUCUUUCAGUUAUGUAGCUAACAUAUGUAGCUAAUAUACUUGAAUUUUGGUUUGAAAUUAAACGAGACUUGAAAGCAAUGCAAUAUGCAAAACAUAUAUAGAACGCAAAAUUCACCUCCAGCAAUGAUGCAACAUUCCUCUAAGCCUUAUCAAAAUGAAAAGUUUUGAAAUCUUAAGAAAUAGAAUUGAACGACACUUCCUCGCUUCAUAUAUGUCGUGGAACUUUCUUUUUUAUAUAUAUAUAUAUAUAUAUCAUAUAUAUAAAGUAUAUAUAUAUAAAGUUGUUUUUUUUUUUUUUAGUUAGCAAAUUUUUGUAAAUAAUGCUGUUUAUUAAUAAAAUUCAAGUGUAUUUAAAGUAUCAAGUAUCACAAAACUUAAUAAUCGGAAUAUGCGCCAUCAUUAUCCAAUGUUGUUUGUCAUUUAUCGUUUAGCUUAUUAAUGCUCAUGCAUCAGAAACUUCCCAGUUUGGAGGCGAAAUAUUCAUACAUUCAUUCAUUUGCGCACGUCUUCACCUUCUGUAAACCGUUCUUCUGCUAAAUAUGACUUCAUCGACGUGAACAUUUGGUAAUCGGAAGGAAUCAGGUCUUGAGAAUACGGUAAAAUUGCCCAGCUUAACUUGCGAAACUCUUUCUGGGACGUAUGCGUGUUUUUAUCGUUUUCAAGAUUCACACUUUUGGCCCAAAAUUUCACAAAGUACUUCUUAACCGUUUUGUUACCUACCGCAUUUUCCAUCUAAGGUCAACUUUUUAUGCACACAUACACAACAUCUGAUUGAAGGAGAAAAUUGGCAAAAACUUAU